GAAAAUAUGUCUUCAAACCCUCCAAAAAAUAUUAUUUUACGUCACGCUCAUUUAUUACGUUUGCUCGCUCAAUCACAAAUUGGUUACAAUUUUAGACAUUUGGACGAACCUGUUAGACAAAGAAUUGUUCAAUUAAUUGUGGGUGGUGGAAAUGUUUACAAAAUUGAGGAAGAAAAAGGGCAGAAUUUGAGGUCUACUAAUAAAAAAUCUGUUAUAUCCGACACUGCUGAACGUGCCCAAGUUGUUGCUGUUGGAAUUCAAACGUUUGCUCAAUUAGCUCUGCGUGGAGUUUUGCCAGAUUAUCAAGGAGGCUUUACUUUAAACAACGAUGGAACAAGAACUUACCCUUCCAAACCAACGGACAACUCUCCAACUUUUUCUGAUGGAAAAAGUUUUGUCAAUCCCUCAAGUGCUGAAUUUUCUAAUUUUGUUCAAGUCUCUUCAACCGAAACAGAUGUUGUUGAUACUAUUCCUUCAUUGCCUAAAGAUUAUCAUCCAACAAACAUUGAUUCUACAAAUAAAAUGUCAAAAAGCAGUGAAAGAAGAGUGCCAACAACCCGUGUUAGCCGUUUAUUUAAUUUUGGAAAAUUGGCUAUAGGUCUAGGAACUGGAACAGCUAAAGAAUUGUUACGUAGAAGAAUUGAUGGAGGAGGGAAUUCAACAAAAAUUACUCCAAACAACAGCAAUUCUUCAAUUUCAAAUCCAUUAUUUACACCAGAAAAUGCUGAACGUAUAGUUCAAAUGCUUUGUCGUGUAAGGGGUGCUGCUCUUAAACUUGGACAAAUGAUCUCAAUUCAAGGUUUAUAUUUUUGUGGUUUUUUAUAAAUGCAAGUAAGAGGGGAGAUCCAGCGGAAUUUUUUUUAAACGUCUACAAGGCGUAGGUAUGGGGAGCGAAAAGUGUGUAAAAGCUGGUAGUGCAGCUAUACAUGGGGAGCGAAGGCUCCUAGCAAGCAAUAACUGCCAGUAGGCCGCUG